AUGUUUAAGAAGUUCGACCCCACCAAGGACGUCAAUGGCUCGCAACAGCUAAAAUCUUCGGUUCAGGUAAGAGUUUGAUAGUUUUUCUUGAAAUUUUAGGUAAAAAAGAUUGAAACUCUGACGAAUUUCGCUUUGUAAAAGGAAAAUAAGAUUUCACUCGUCGCGUAAAAGCUAUUGGAACUGGGAUUUACCAUUAUUUUUCACGGUUCAUGAAUUUUUUGUUUUCCCUUUUUUGGAUGGUAGAAUUGUAUCGAAAAAGCUUUUCCCGACUUUCUAAGUGCUAUAAAUUUUCUACGGGGCUGUUCAAUAGCAUGAAGAAGGAUUUAUACUUCAGCGUGGAAUCCGUGCCAAGUUGAUCGAGGAGUACCCACCUUUGGCCACGGUGAUUGAAGAGAUCUUCCCGAAGAAGGAGAAUUUCAAGGUGAUAAAGUGCAAAGACCAUGUGGAAUUGCUGGUUAGUGAAGAUGGAACAGUUCAAUUCAUCAAACACCGGGAUUUGCCGUACAUUCCUUCGCUAAGGUUGUUGCAUAAGUAUCCAUUCAUUCUGCCACAUCAACAGGUAAGAGUUUCGACAUUUUUUGUUGAAUUUUAGUGGUCAAAAGUGGAAAAUUUGGGCAGCUGAUGUAGUGCAGAGUAACAGAAGACUUUAGAGAAAGCUAUUUUGCCUUUUCUAAAACAAAAAGAACUGUUGUCUUUGAGGUUUUGCGAGUUUUAUGUUAUCUAUGAUCUAUGUGUAAAGUUUCUCAAAAUUUUAUGCUUUAUUGUUUUUUUGUGGUGGUAACUUUUUCGUGGAAGAUAAUAGAAUACCUUCAACGCCUUCAGGACUCUUUUUCAUCCUUUUAUUGCAAAAGAUAUUAUUUUAAUAGCUCAUUUUUCCACAAGACAUCGGAUGGCCAAUUAUAAUAUAAAAUCUUGAAGUUUAAAUGCAUCUUGCUAACUAAUAUUUAUUUUCAGGUCGAUACAGGUGCCAUUCGCCCCGUUCUCAACGGUUCUCAUAUCAUGGCUCCGGGUUUGAAAAGUCCGGGCGCCAAAUUGGCCGAAAACGUGAAAAAGGAUCAAGUGGUCGCCGUGAUGGCCCAAGGAAUGGAACAUGCGAUGGCAAUUGGGCAACAAAAGUUCAGUUCCAGCGAGAUUCUGACGCAGUCGACUGGUACGGCCAUUGAUAAUGUCCAUUAUUUGAACGAUGGACUUUGGAGAUUGCCGAAAGUCUGCUAA